CGCUGACACCGAGCGAACACUGGGCUCACACACUCGCGUUCAUACACUCUCACAGACAGGGCUCGCAAUAUUAUCGACAGAUCCGAGUUGGGAGUACAGUCGGGGAGAGCGCGUUGAAGUGUGUAAAAGCUGCUUCGGUGAGGGGAACGAGAGGAAAACGCAGGGAACAAAAAAGGAAAAGAAACGAAGGAAAUCCCCCGAAAGGAAAUGCCAAUCGCAGCCGCUGGACAGCCAACGACUCAGGAGCCUCGAGUUUGCCCCCGGCUGCCCUCCACCCCGGAGCCUGUCCCUAAAGGGGCUGAUUUAUUCGACGAGGCGGGGGCGACAGAGUCUGCGGAGCGAAUAGAGUACGGGGGCGCGGAGGGGGGCAGAGGACUCGGGGGCUAUAGUUACAGCCAGAGCGGCGCGAGGGGCUUUGUACAGCCCGGAUCUACCAACGGCUCUCCGCCGCAGUCCCCAGAAGCGUCCUCCUCUUUUCUUUUCCACCCCCUUCACCCCCACCAAAUGACCAUGGAACCUCCAAGGACUCGAUCUCGCUCACGGUCUGGAUAUUAUCAGUCGUGCGGUGUUGGAAAUGGCAAUGGAAUGACCGGCAGCGCAGUUAUGGUAUCUAACCACCACCACCAUCUCCACCACCACCACCAUCAGCAGCAGCAACUACAUCCACAGCAGCAGAACGGUGCCGCUUGCGCACCACUUGGAACUCACAGUAUCCACUCGGAGAACCAGCAGCGAGCCCCAGGAAGUAACGCCUCUCCCGGCAUUCAGAGGCUGUCUUCUGUUCCCGGAGCGCACCGCAUCCCAUCAGCAGGAGCCUCUGGUGGGUCCUACCACUGCCACCCAGACCAUGCGUAUGGAGAGGAGAGCGAUAAGAGUGAGGAAAGCCCCAGUCCAAAGCGCCAGAGGCUGUCCAGUCAGUCCGUCUUGGAACAGCUAACCUCAUCUGCACCCCCACCAUCCACCCCUUCUCCUCCCAUCCGCCCCUGGGAAUCAGGACCCCAAAGUCGGAGACAGUCUCAUCCUCACUCACACUACCACCAGGAAAGAUGUCUAACUCCAGCCCGGCACAGACGCAGUCCACCAGCAAGACGUCAGCGUGGCCGUCUCUCCAGACCCUCUCGCCACCUGCCUCCUCAUCACCACCCCCCCACCCAAGGCCCCAUAUCUCGUCUGUCACCAUCCGAGCUCCAGGAUGAAAACUACCACCACAACCCCCAUCCAUCCACUCCGCAGACAUACCCAACACACACUCCCAGCGCCUACGGUCAGCCUCCCACGUCUGGGGGUGGAGGGGUAGGUUCAGAGGAACCCCGAGCUUUCCAUCCCCCCAGCCUAUCAUCGCGACUACUGCACCCGGCCACUCACCACCAUCACCACCACCAUCAUCAGCAACAGCAUCAUUCAACGCAACAGCAACAAGGAGCCAUGGUUAUGGAUUUGCAUGAACAGCUGCAGCAGGGCACUGUACCCGUCUCCUACACGGUGACCCCAGUCCCUACUCACGGUCUCACAGCGCCUUUGUGUAGCAGUCAGCAUCUUCCACCUACCUGCUCCUCACAACAACAGGUCCCUGCCUGCAGCGUGGUCUUCAGCACUGGACAACACUACCACCCGAUGAUACAGGCAUGUUCAGUGCAACAUUUGCCGGUGCCCUAUGCCUUUCCCUCACUGCUGUCCAGUGAUCCUCAGUUCCUGCUUCACCCUCCACCUCACAUGUCUCACCACCCGCCCCACCUCCCCACACCCGGACAGUUCCUGCCUUUCCAGACACAACAGCCGCGUUCGCCCUUACAGAGGAUUGAAAAUGAGGUUGAGCUUCUGGGAGAGCAGCUUUCAGUGGGUGGAGGUUUCAGCUAUGCCCACCAUCACCAUCACCACCAUCACCACCAGCCGCCCUCUGCUCUGGCGCCUUCAACACCGCUCCAGUUCCUUUCACACCACGACCCCCUGUCACAGGAGCUUUUUACAGUGCCCUAUCCUCACUUUAUGCCUCGGCGAUUCACAAGCCGGCGUUACCGUUCUCAACAGGCAGUACCCCCGUCUCCGUACCACCCCAGCUUCCUGCCUUACUUCUUGUCCGUGCUUCCUAUGCCUCCAAAUGUGGCCCCUGCUAUCAGUCUAGAACUGGAUGUGGAUGAUGGAGAGGUGGAGAACUACGAGGCCCUGUUGAACCUUGCAGAGCGUUUGGGAGAGGCCAAGCCCAGAGGUCUAACUAAAGCAGAUAUAGAACAGCUUCCAUCAUACAGGUUCAACCCCAACAACCAUCAAUCUGAGCAAACACUGUGUGUGGUGUGCAUGUGUGACUUCGAGUCACGCCAGCUUCUCAGAGUAUUACCCUGUAAUCAUGAGUUCCACACCAAGUGUGUAGACAAGUGGCUUAAGGCUAACAGGACCUGUCCUAUCUGUCGAGCCGAUGCCUCUGAGGUACAACGGGACUCUGAGUGACCUCCUAUAAAUAUCCACAAUCCCUGACUCCCUGUUGGAUGCACCAACCAAUCAGUGAACUUCCUUACCCCUUUACCACAAGCCUUUGCUUACACAUAACUGGGACCAGUGCUCAUUAAUCCUUCACUCUAUCCCACCAGACACUGAAUGGUAAUUCUCACCUGGGAUCAGCAUUUAUAGAAGUGUGGAGACUUUUUGCUGACUCGUGCUUACUUUAUCACUGGACUUCAUAGGCCUUCCGUUUUUGGACUAUUAGACCCUGCUACCCUGCCUUCUUCUGAUGGUUAACGCUCACUAUAUAUGGCCUUUAAAAACACACCCACGACACAGUGUCAUGUGCAGGUGGACAUAUAUGUACGUAUUUUUAAAAAAUGGCAUUAUGAACCCUUCUGAAUUGUGAACUGUUAAGUUCUGGUAAUGGAGAGAAGAACAGGCUUAUUUGAAAACCACCUGUAUAGUUGUACUAACAAACACUGAGGGGGGAAAUUGGCAGUCCAAAGAUUAUAUUUUCGUUAUUGUUCUUCUGGUUAUAAUUAAGCAGUCCCAUUUUUGGUGUGCAGAGACUGACCUUUUUAACUAGACUCAUUAUAGUUGUGCAGCAGAAUGAGCCAGUUUAAUUUCUCUGUGUGUAUUCUUGCAUUCCUUGGUUUCUGAGCAGUCUGUAUAGGGUGAAACAAAGAUACUGUACACUGUGUGACAAAGAGUGAGCUACUUUGGAGCAGUGAAAAAAUACACUUUAUUUUCUCUA